AUAGAAACAAUAUGCCAACUUGAAAGAAUUUUCCCUCCUUCUUUUUUUGAUUCAAUGGAGCAUCUAGCAAUUCACCUUCCAUAUGAAGCCAUGGUGGGGGGACCAGUGCAAUUCCGUUGGAUGUAUUCAUUUGAGAGCCCGAUUCUGCUUCUCUUCUUUCUUUCCGCUGCAGCCGGCAAGAAGACCCAAGGAACCCAGCCAAGCCGCGCCUCUUCUCUUGAGAAAACCGUUUCCGGAUCUGCUCUGCUUGUCCGCCGGCUGCUGUUGCUAGGCCCGAAAUUCUGGGCAUUUUUCUGGCCGUGAGCUUCUUCCCCUGCACUGCCGCCGGCUCUUCCCCACCUGCAGUCCGGUUUUAGCUGGAGAAUUAUGGUUCUUGAUCAUUCUAUCAGUUAGCACCAAGAUUGAAUCUUCGGUUAUGCGAGUGAAUUUCGAUGUAUUACGAUUUGAGGAAGUGAAACCGAGGAUGGGUAAAUCACGGGAAGUGACGACUUAGAAGGCUAGCCAUUUUGGGAUUGAUAUAGAUUUUAGAAAUAAAUCAUGAUCUUGUAUUUGGAGAUUUUAAUUGGAGAUUUAUGAUAUCAGAGUAAAUUUUAAAGAUUUGAUCAUCAGAUUUUGUGGAUUGUCAGAUGUGAAUUUGAUAAGUUCCGAGCCUUGUGCAUUUGUGGGACUCGUCUCACGAGUGCACGGCGUCUGUCGCGCCUCGAAUUCGGGUUU